GCCCAGCCUGCCCGGGAUACAAUGGGUGACGUAUUGGCUGUGACGAGUGACGCACGGUGCGGGAGCUUGGAACGGAUUAUUGAUUAAAGAUGGAGGAAAGAGAAAAUUCAGAAGAAGGCGACGACGAUGCGGGUGAAGAAGGGGAGGAGGACCAAGGAUGUAGUGAGGAUGGAGGAGAGGUGGGGGCGGAGAGAGAAAAAGAGGUGGAACUAAAGGACUCACUGAGGCCGUCAGUGCUGGACCUGCAGUUGGCACUGGCUCGACUGUGUGAGGAUGAAUACAGAGAUCAGCCAUCAAAAAUGCCCGUUUUAGGGCUGCAAAUUAAUGAAGAUCAUUCAUUUGAAAGAUCUUAUUCAGGUAAUGCCAAAAUCCCGUCUCCAGGGAAAAUUGUGAAUGAGCUUUUUAAGGAGGCAAAGGAGCAUGGAGCUAUUCCUAUUGAUGACGCCAGCAAAUCCUCUGGAGCUUUUUAUAAAGCCAGAACAUUUACUGGUAGAGGCUACAAACUUGGUAAUUCAUCAAAAAGAGAAUUAGAAUACAUACAGGGUGAGGAGCCAUUCGAACAAGGACAAGAGAUUCAAAUUUUGCUCAAACUCUGGAGCAAUGGUUUCAGUUUAGAUGAUGGAGAACUGAGGUCUUACUCAGAUCCAAUAAAUGCUGAGUUUCUCGAAUCAGUCAAGAAAGGAGAGAUUCCUGUAGAGCUCCAGCGACUCAUUCAUGGAGGUCAGGUAAACUUGGAUAUGGAAGACCAUCAGGACCAAGAAUAUGUUAAGCCACGGUUAAAAUUUAAAGCAUUUAGUGGAGAAGGAAAAAAGCUUGGAAGCCUUACACCUGAAAUAAUCAGUACCCCAUCCUCACCUGAAGAAGAACACAAGAGAUUUCUCAAUGCUGAGGUUGAUCUUGAUGAACAUGUACCAACAACCAAAAUUCAGAUUAGGCUAGCUGAUGGUACCCGCUUAAUACAAAGAUUUAACCUCAGUCACAGGAUCAUGGAUGUGCGCCAUUAUAUUAUCCAUGCCCGAUCAGACUUUGCCCAAUGUGAUUUUGCUUUGGUGACUACAUUUCCAUUUGUAGAACUUACAGAUGAAUCCCAGACAUUGGAGGAAGCUGAUAUUCUCAACACUGUGAUUCUUCAGAGGCUAAAGUAGCCCUGAUGAUAUUCAAACUGCUCUAGUAUCGCUCUGUAUAAGACUCUGUCCAUAAUGUACCUGAAGCACUUGAGAAAAGUUCUUGUAUUUUAUAUAAUUGAAUGGUUCUUAAUUUUUACAACUACAACAUAAAAUCUGUGUUGUAAUCCACAUUUUGUUUUAAACUGAAUAGUCAUAAUUGUUUCAUAGCCAGUAUUUCAUGUGUUGAGUUAGUUUACGGCAAAUCCGCAAAACUAUUUUUAGAAAAAAGUAUGUAUUUAUUGUGCUGUCAUUCUAUACUUACUUUCUUAGAAUGUUAUUUUUGAAACUUUAAUUUACAAAUUCCCUCAACUACGUUUAAUAGAAGGGUAAACCAAUGCCUAUAUGUGUACUUGCAUGAAGUUUCCUCUCCCUCUUCUUUUAAUGGUAAUGGAAAGGGCUGCUUCUGAUGCCUUCUUUUCCAUAUCAAGCCUGGGUGAGGAACAUGUAUUAAUAACUUGGGAAUGAAAAUGAUUUGCACUUAAUAAGCAUAGAUUUCUGACACCAGAAAUUGAAGUUUUUUUGUACAUCUAUCAUAACACUGUAUUUGCAUGUUAUUUAUAAUUGCCAUAAAAAUAUUUGCCCAGUGCUUUUACAUUAUCUAUCUGAUCCCCCAUGUUCCUCUAUGAGGGAGGCUGCCUUAUUUGUGCCGCAGUAGUAUGUUGGCAUUAGAAGCUAUAACUGACAGGUUAAGAAGGGACAGUCAGGUUUGCAGAACAGACAGGAGGUUAACCACAAAUUCAAUUUUAGCUUAUCACAGAGUCAAGUAAAUUAGUUAAUUAAUAAAUAAUUAAUAAGUAA